AUCUAGUGGCAAGAACCUGUGGUGAUAUGGUGUUCCCCAAUAUAUCAUGCACCCUAAUAAACUUAUCUGGGGUCAGAGAACAGAACAGCCACUAGAUAUAGAGGCCAGAAAAUGGUGGCACUCACACCUUUAAUCCUAGCCUUCUGGAGGCAGAGAUCCAUCUGGAUCUCUGUGAGUUCAAAGCCACACUGGAAACAGCCAGGUAUGGUGACUCGUGCCUUUAAUCCCAGGAAGCGAUGGCAGAAAGCAGAAAGUUAUAUAAGGCGUGAGGACCAGGAACUAGUGUCUGAUGAAGCUUUUAGGCUUUUAGCAGCAGUUCAGCUGAGAUCCAUUUGGAUGAGGACACAAAGGCUUCCAGUCUGAGGAAACAGGAUCGGCUGAGGAAUUGGCAAGGUGAAGUUAGCUGUGACUUGUUCUGUCUCUCUGAUCUUCCAGCAUUCACCCCAAUACCUGGCUCUGGGUUUGUUUUUAUGAAUAAGAACUUUUAAGAUUCGUGCUACAAGAACCUUUCCCCAUUCAGCCACCUUGCUAAGAGACUGUUGGUGUGUAACUCAAUCUGGCCUCAAAUUUGUUUUUGUAGCCCCCAAGGCUCGCUUUGAAUUCUGGAUCCUCCUGCCUCAUCCUGAUGAGUGCUGGGAUUACAAGUGUGCGCUACUGUGCCUCUUUUUCUUGAAGACCCCUACACAGUUACUAUGAGAGGCUACCACAGAACCAGAAUUCCCUGCCAGUCGACUUGCUCUGCAAAAUUUUGACAUGACCUACAGUGUACAAUUUGGAGAUCUGUGGCCAUCAAUUCGUGUUAGUCUUCUCUCAGAGCAGAAGUAUGGUGCAUUGGUCAAUAAUUUUGCUGCUUGGGAUAAUGUGAGUGCUAAGCUAGAGCAGCUGAGUGCCAAGGACUUUGUGACUGAAGCCAUCUCUUGCCAGGAACUGGAGCCUGAGAGUGGCCUCUCUCCAACUCCAUCUCCAGACUGCAGUCCAAACCUUCGAUGCUUCACUUUUUCCAGAGGGGAUGUUAGCCGCUUCCCUCCUGCCAGACUUGGCAGCCUGGGUCUCAUGGAUUACUACCUGAUGGAUGCUGCCUCCUUGCUACCUGUCCUGGCUCUUGGUCUACAGCCUGGAGACACCGUGCUUGACCUGUGUGCAGCUCCUGGGGGGAAAACGCUGGCAUUACUUCAGACGGGCUGUUGCCGCAAUCUAGCGGCCAAUGAUCUCUCCACUUCCCGAAUAGGCAGGCUACAGAAGGUCCUUCACAGUUAUGUGCCUCAAGAGAUCAGGGAAAGGAAUCAAGUUCGAGUCACCUCGUGGGAUGGCAGGAAGUGGGGAGAACUGGAGGGGGACACCUAUGACCGGGUGUUGGUAGAUGUGCCGUGUACCACAGACCGCCACUCCCUUCAUGAGGAAGAGAACAACAUCUUCCAGCGCUCAAGGAAGAGGGAGCGACAGAUGUUGCCUAUGCUGCAGGCACAGCUUCUCGCGGCUGGACUCCUUGCCACCAGACCAGGAGGCCAUGUUGUCUACUCCACUUGCUCACUGUCACACUUACAGAAUGAGUAUGUGGUGCAAGGUGCCAUUGAGCUUCUGGCCAAUCAAUACAGCAUCAAGGUUCAAGUGGAAGACCUGUCUCAUUUCCGAAAGCUUUUCAUGGACACAUUCUGUUUCUUCCCUUCCUGCCAGGUUGGGGAGCUGGUAAUACCAAACCUCAUGGCCAAUUUUGGGCCUAUGUACUUCUGCAAAAUGCAAAGGCUGCCAUAGUGUCACCCUGUCCCUGAAGUAGGAAGACAAUGACUUUGUUGGAGGCAUUGAAACAGACCAGUGGCAGAGAUGCACUCCAAGGCCUGUCUCCAUCCUGUGUGUUUUCUAAAGAUAGUUGUAAACAGUAAGCAGUAGGACUGAUGCCCAGUUGUGGAUUAUCAGCAGGUUUCUAACUCAGACCCUUACUUCUGCCCUUUAGCCUAUAUAUACUAAGGCCCCUGCUCCAUUAGGGAUUUAGACAGAAUCAGUGAGUAAGCCCAUAGUUUAAGCUGUAAACGUCAGAAGAAACAUUCAGCCAAUAAAGUUAUUGAAGUGCUAUAGA